AUGCAGAUCGAUCCGGCCGCCCUGAGUCGGAGUGACUCUGCAUCGAAUAACAAAGGCGCUGCGCCAAACGGUGCGGCAUCAAUCAAGACAUCCCGAGCUUUGAUAUCUGUGCCGCGGCUGGACCUGGAGCAUGCCUACACGGACCUGAAGGCCGCCAUCGGAGACAAGUGGAGCGAAUACAAGGAGUCCACGGCCCUUUUCCUACUAGGACAUUACAAUCAGAACGAAUACGCAUCGCGAGUCGACUAUUUCCUAUGCGCAGAUCCGAAAAAUGAACAUCUACACAACAAUUUUGUAUGCGCGCUCAUCGGAAACCUCACACGCGACCUCCCCGAUCAUGGCGUCGCAAAUUGGGUAUCGGCCAACGAUAAGCCAUCGGCCGUCUCGAAACCCGUCUCCGGAGAUGCUGCGGAACAAAGGUUGAAGACCGAGGUCAUGCAACUACCUCCGAGGGACCGCCGGCGCAUCAAGGCAAUCACCGAGCGCGAGAACUACGAGACAUUGCCCACGGAGCUCGAGCAAUCCCAUCUGGUCAAGCAAAUCAAACUACCCAGUCAGGUACCCGCAAGUGCAGGCGGGCUGAACAAAACCAGUAAGGCACCGCCACUCCCCUAUCGGACAGGAUACCGUCUUCGUGCCCACUGGGAACUGGAAAUCCGGAAACGAUAUGCCCAACCCCUCGCUGCAGAAACCGGCGAAUUCCCCGACGCCGAAUCAAUCUAUUCACGAAUGGUCCCCAUAUGUUACGAAGAAUCCCUCCCCAGUGGUGCUGGUCUCCCUUGUGCUGAAUUUAUGGCCAUUGCGACGGAAACAUUUGUCAAAGAAGUUUUGUCCGCGGUCUUCUCACGCACACGUUCGAACGGUCCAUCGGGUACAAUCAACAACAUGAUGAUGCGCAAAUAUCGACAACAACUUGAAAUGGAAGAACUUGCAUACACACGUGGUGAAAUUGCGAAAGAUGCUGCGACAGGCUUGCUACCUGUUGAGGCACGUGAGGCCAAGCUUCGGAGACCUCUAGGCGUCAGAGACCUGCGGCUCACUCUGGAGCUGGGCGGCGGUGUUCUUGGUCAUAUGCCACUCAUAGUGGAUCAAAUCAUGGGCGGAUACUUUGAAGACGAGCUCGAAACAGAGAAACAAGAUCGGUUGGAGAACGGAGUUGAACUGCAUGAGGAUAUCAAAGAACCCGCAGAAGACGAGAUGGACCUGGACGAAGACGAAUCUCUCCUGGACUGGGAAGGAGGCGGUGUUGGUGACCGAGACCAGCUGAGCUCAUUGCUUGACGAGUGUCUGUCCAUGGCCGCGUGA